AGAGCUCUCUGUCAUCUCGGGUCUCUCUAAGCUCAUCAGGACCGACCCAUACCCAGGACGAGGACUAAAUCCACAGGGUUGGAAACUCCAGGACCUUGACGACAGCUUACUGUUUUCCAGCAUGUUCACACCUUUCAGAUCAGGAUUAUUUUAGCUUUCAUUCCACGCUCACUUAUUUUUCCUGAGGGUGGCCGGGCGGCCCACUCUAGCUGGCAUCAGAUCGUGAGACGCGGCGGUGCCCACAAUGCCCUCACUCGCCUUGCUGAUGGCUCUGGCACUGCUCCUCUCCGGCUGCCUGUCCGGACGCUGUUCUCCAACGCCCUCGGGCAUGCAAGGCACGACUCCUCUAGAGAGCGAGAGACAGGCAGGGUCUCGGGGGGCUGAGCAGCAGGAGGAGGGUGCUGUGGUGAGUCCGUGUCCAUCCUGUGCCCUCAGCCAGCUAAACAGGGAUUCAGAGCCUGGCAUGGUUGAGGCGGUGAAGAGGCACAUCCUGAACAUGCUGCACCUGAGCGCACCGCCCAACAUUAGCCAUCCGGUGCCCCGCGCCGCCCUGCUUAACGCCCUGCGUAAGCUGCACGUGGGACGUGUUGCACAGGAUGGCACAGUGGAGAUCGAGGAUGAAGCAGAGGAGUUUGGAGGACAUGGAGAUGAGCAGCCAUCUGAAAUCAUUACCUUCGCAGAGCCUGUUGAUGCUCCCGACAUGGUGAAGUUCGACAUCUCUAAGGAGAGUGCCGCAGAGUCCGUGGUGGAGCAGGCCAAUUUGUGGAUCUUCCUUAAACUGGCAAAGGGAACCCACACGAAGGGUAAAGUUUCCCUACAACUCCUGCAGACCCUGAGUGUCAGCACAGAGUCCAAUCCAGGCCCCCAUGAUGAGGUGUUGGUGUCCCAGAAGAUGGUGGAUGCUCGGCGUAGUGGUUGGCACACCUUGUCCGUUGGAGGCAGUGUGCAGGCCCUGCUGGACAGGGGUGGUGGAGAGCUGCGGCUUCGUGUGUCAUGCCCGCUGUGCUCUGAGGUGGGUGCAGUGCCAGUCCUCGGUGAGGGAAAAGGCAAGGAGCACUCGCAAUCACACCGGCCUUUCCUGAUGCUGGUGCUACGUCCAGCUGAGGAGCGGCAACACCGACGAAGCAAACGUGGUCUUGAGUGCGAAGCAAACAUGCGUGCGUGCUGCAAGCGCCACUUCUACGUCAACUUCAGGGACAUCGGCUGGAAUGACUGGAUCAUCGCGCCAUCAGGUUACCAUGCCAACUACUGUGAGGGUGAGUGCCCAGGCCACGCUGCUAACAUGGCGAGUUCGGCGCUUUCCUUCCACUCCACCGUCAUCAACCACUACCGCAUGCGCGGUUACAGCCCAUUUGUAGGCAUCCGGUCAUGCUGCGUUCCCACCCGCCUCCGUGCCAUGUCCAUGCUUUAUUACAACGAAGAGCAAAAGAUCAUCAAGAAGGACAUCCAGAACAUGAUCGUAGAAGAAUGUGGCUGUUCAUAAAAAUGAAUACAAAAUAAAAAAAAAACUCAACCACAAACAUUGUGGAACUGUUUUAAAACUGCUUAGCCAAGGUCAAAGCACAUGAUUGGUGGAUUAGCAGCCUAGGCUGGCCCACAAACAUUUCUCGAACUGUCAUUGUUUUUGACUUGAACAUGCUCUGUUCACGAACUGUUCUAUUCAGGACUCUUGAUUUGAGUGAUCUCUGUGGCACUUUCAUAUAAAUGUAUAAAAAAAAAGAAAGAGGCGUAAUAUAUUUUUGUUAUUUGAAGGGAAAGCGGAAAUAUGAGGGAACAGGUGCAUGGUCAGGAUGAAAUGUUGUUUCCGUGUUCUCUGCGCUGCAAUAAAAAGAAGAAUCUCGGAAUAUGAAUCCGAGAAAAAAAAAAAAACGAACUAUGCAACUGGUGUUAUUGGAUGUUCAUUUUGUCAAUUCAUGUUUUUAUGUGUUCUUUUGUCAACCCUUUUCCAACAACAACAAAAAAAAAUAGUUGGUUGUAUUUCUUUUUUUUUUUUGUCUGGGGAAAAAGAUACUUGAAGAAGAAUAGUUGGGCCAGCUACUGGAGCCAAACUAUUAUUAUUUUCUUAUUAUUAUUACCUAUAAAUUAUGAAUGUUGAUAAAAAGUGAUCAGGAUUUGCACUAAACCAACAUUCCUAUAUCAGCCACACAAGAAUAUAAUGUACAUUUGGAACUUUAUACAUAGUAUACCAAAGAUCCAACAUUUUAAUAGCUUUCAGAACAAUUCCGCAUAACGUCUAGCUCAACUGUGGUAUUCGCCCAGUUAGCACCAAUACACAGCCAACUAAACAUAUCAUCUAAUCCAGUCUGAUGUUUAAUCCAAUUUUAAUUUUUUCUCAAUAUUUCAUAAAUGUACAAGUUUCAUGCAAUGUUAUGGUCCAGGCGUUUAAAGCCAUGAUCUUACAGCCUUCAUAGAAACCCUUCAUUACACCAUGCACCAAGAUAAAAGAUGAACAUUUUGUGAAAGAAAACGACUGACAAAACAAACCAAGUUAUGUUGAAGGAAGCUUUUUGGAUUCUGAACAUGGUGACUUUUUAUGUAUAGAUCUCUAAGAUGAGGUGACAUGAUGCAUUGUUGUACAAAAUGUGCUUGUUAUGUUUUAUAUCUAAUUUA